AUGUUUUCCCCUCAGGUGCUUCUGGUGGCCGUGUGUUCGUCUGUGUUGUCGGUGAGGGUCAGCGGCGCUCCCCAGAGGGAUCAGCUCAUAGAAACACCGACACUAGACUUUGGAAACAAUAAGGAUCCAUCACGCUUGCUCCUGCUGAGGAUCGUGUCUGAGCUGAUGGCAUCGCGAGCAGAAGAGAUGCUCAACCUGCUGGAGGAAGAGGAGACGGGAGGCGGGGAGAGGAUGAUGAGGCGACACAUCAACUUCUCCCAAAGAGAGCGCAAAGCCGGCUGCCGCAACUUCUUCUGGAAGACCUUCACCUCGUGUUAACUAGGCCUGUGUUGAAAAAAUCAAU